AAAAAGGUUAAAAUAAAUAAAUUUAAAAAGUAGUAACUAAAAAAAAUAUUUUUAACAUUCUCAACAAAAUACUGAACUCUAAAUCCUAAUCCCUAAUCCCUAAACCCUAAAUCCUAAACCCUUGGGUAAACCUUAAACCUUUAGAUAAAUCCUAAACUUCAAAUCAAAAACACUAAACACUCAAGGGUUUAGGGUUUUAAGAUUUAGUGUUUUUGAUUUAGAGUAUGAAUUAUCCAAGGGUUUGGAGUUUACCGAAGGGUUUAUAGGGUUUAUGAUUUAGGGUUUAGAGAUUAGGAUUUAGGGUUUAGUGUUUUGCUGAAGACGAUAAAAAUAUUAUUUUUUUUUAAUUUGUUUUUCUCUAACUAUUAUUUUUUCUAAUUUUUUUAACCUUUUUAUUUUAAAAACAUAAUAUAUCUUGACAAUAUUUUGUUUCAUUUUCUAAAAGAUAUCGAAUUUGAAAUAAUAAAAUCUUAUUGGUUGGUGGACCUAGAGGUUCACCCUAGGGGGUGGACCCAAGAAUAACUCUUUAUUCUCAGCCAUACUGCGCUGAAAUCCGAUAUCACAACUCUUCAAUAUAAUUUGACAUAAUUUCAUAACUAGUAAGAAAAAAUCUAAAUAUUUUAAAAAAAUUAUUAUUUAAAGCAAUUAAAAUUGAGUAAAGGUUAUUCUAAAAAUAUAGGUCUUUUCCAUUUUAUCCUUAUCAAAAGGAAACCGCAAAUUAUUGAUAUAUACUGACCGAAGGCGAUCAAUUUGAAAGCACAUUAUUGGCAUUUGCAGAUCUCGAAAUUGGUAUUAAUUUUGAUACGUGAUGUAAUUUAAAGACUUUUUUAAUUUAAAGACUUCUUUCUACAACUGUAGUUUGAAGAUAAAUAUUUAGAAGACCUUUUUUGAGGGGCGGGAAAUAUACUCAAUAGACUUAUAGUCCUCUUGUUGACAAAAAAAAAAAGACUUUAGUCCUCUUUCACUCUUCAUAUGAUGCUUUGAUGCUUCUCCUUUUAUUGCAUGGAAAAGGAUCAUAUAAAUUAUUCUUCUCGAAUUUGUUUUUUAUUAUGAAUUUACAUAUAUUACAUACAUUCAAGUAUACAAAGAGAGCCAAGUAAGAUGUUCCAAAUUUUUGGAUCUUUAUUUUAUUUAGGAAAUUAUUGAAAGAUGUGUAGUUUUAAUUUAUUUUGUUUCUUAUCAAUCAAAAACACCUCUCUGACAUCAUGCACAUGAAUACAUGACCAGUUAGUUGCUGCUGCAAUACACAUACGCACUUAUAUAAAAAUAUUUCAAAUGACAAUCAUAUCAGGACUGUCUCUUAUAAAGAAAAUUGUUUUACAGAUUACAUUUACAUUUAAUACAAAUAUCAACAACAUGCCUUCUACAGAUUUGCACUCGGGUGGUGAGCACAAUAAUGAUAAUAGUAGAAAUCAUUUUUAUACACUUGUUUAACUUAGAAAAUGUUGUUAUGAACAAAAAUAGUUCCAUUUAUGUGAAUAUACACAAUAAACUAUAAAUGUGAAGAAAAAUAUCAUUGAGAAGUAUAGGAAAACCUAGAAUUAAUGUUCAGUACUACCCAUAAAUAUUGAUCAUACCAAUAUGUUGUCGCCAAUUAUAGAGUGUAACUUUUAAUACUCUCUUCAACAGAAUCCUGCAUUGAGAGGAGAAUCUCGUACACAUUUUUGGUGUUUAAUUUAAACCAACCAAUUAUUUUGAAUGAUGUUCUGAAGUUACAACUUUCAAUAACUUUUCGUAACUAAAAUGAAGACUCUUAUAAUGUAUCAACAAAUAAGUGGUGAUGUUUGAUGGAGUAUAUAAUGUAACGUGUAUUUGGUGUUGUUAGAGGUUGAUUGAUCACAUUUGUUUUUCUUGACUACUGAACCAUAAGAACUGACACAUACAUAAUGUCUAGGAAUAGUUUUUUCUGGCAAAUCUAGGAAGAGAGUAGCUAGCUAAUAGCUAAUGCUCAUACAAGAACAAUAAUGAAGUAGGCUGAGUGUUUUUUUACUAAUCUCGAAACUUGUUACUAGUAUAUUAAGCUCAUUAACUAGAUAUACAGUCCCAUAUGGUAAGGGUCGGCCUCUAGUACGAGCAACUAGCAAGUAAUUAAUCUUUUUAAUACGGUCGUACAAUAGCUAUAAAGUUGUCAUAAUGGAAGUAAGUGAAGCAAUUUAACUCUGCACACAAACAUGCAUAUAGAUACUUUUAACCCCCCAAGAAGAUGCUCAUCUCGUUUUACACCCAUCUCGAUCUAACUACUUAAAUUGUUUACCUAAAUAUGUUUUUCUUAAACAAAUAUAUUAUCUAGAGUUGUUAGAGCAUCUCCAUCGGGGUGACUAAACCCAAGUCACUAAACAAAACAGAAAAAAAAAUAAAUGAAAAAGGCCAAAUUAAGUUAGUAUCGCUCCUAAAAUUGGGCUUUUUAGUUUUGUUAGGAAGCCCUAUCGUGGCGCUUUCUGAGUGGACCGCUUCUCAAUGGUCUCUCUCUCCUUCGUCGCGACUCACCAAAAGACAUGCAUUCACGACUUCUCCGUCUUCUCUCUCUCGAUUCUGGGCGACUCUGAUGCGAACCUCGUCCAUCGAGCCUCGUCGUCUCUGUCCCGAGCCUCGCCUUCUCUCCGUCGAGCCUCGUCGUCUCUGUCCCGAGCCUCGCCUUCUCUCCGUCGAGCCUCGUCGUCUCUCUCUCGAAAUCUCGGCGUCCUCUGUCUCGAAAAUCUCGGCGUCUCUCUCUUGAAUAUCUCUGCGUCUCUGUUGCAGUUCGGCGUCUCUGAAUCAAAGCUCGUCGUCUCUCUCCAGACUCGUCUCUGUCCCGAUCCUCGUCGUCUCUCUGGGAAUCUCGUCUCGAUCUCCUUAUCAGUAAGAAAUCAUCCGUGUGAUUUGAUUUUUAUGUUACUGCUGUCUGGAUUUUGGUUUAUCUGUUAGAUUAGUACUAGAGUUUUGAUUCAAUCUGUUAGAUUAGUACUAGAGUUUUGAUUCCUCUGUUUUGUAUUAAGUAGCGAUGUUGGGAUUGAUUGUUUGUGGAAUCGAAAUGCUUAAGUUAUGACUUAUGAGUUAUUUUGUGUUAUUAAAAUUGGUUAAGGCUCUGUGUUCACAUGAUCAUACGAACAUGUUGUUGUUUUCUGUUGUUGUUAAGGUUUUUUUACUUUUCUGUUCUUGUUUUCGUUUAUCUCAUUACAGAGAACAAUGUUUUAAUUAAACUUGGUUUGUUGGUUGUGCGAGGGCUGAGGAUGUGCGUGGAAGAAAGGUAGCUGAAGACAACCAUCAAAGCUUCUGUCUUUCAAUUCACAGUUGAGAACAGGUGGAGAAUAAAGCCAAGACUUAACAACUUCUUGUGACAGAAGGAGCCAACACCGAAGACAUCUUCUUGUGACAGAAGGAGCCAAGACAACUAGCUGUCUCUAUUUUUUAAUAAAUUGUUUUCUACAAUUUGUGAGUCUGUAUGUUUUCUAUAAGUGUGUGUCGUAAAAACCAGUGUCAAACAUAUCAAUUCUCAUUUUCGAAACAACUGUCUCAUUCUUUCAAAAAAAAACUCUCGUUCUCAUUUCUCUUAUCCAAGUCUCAUCCAAGUCUCCCAUUUGACAACAACAACAACUCUCGUUCUCUGACCAUUUUAAUUUCACUUCCAAGUCUCCCGUUUUCUUACCAUUUCAAAAUUUCUUUGCCAUUAAUAAAUUCAAAUUUACUCUCCCGUUUUCUAAAUGGAUGCUUCUUCUUCUGAUAAUUUUGACGACUUUAUGGAUGAAAAGUUCGAUCAAAUUUUCGAUCAACAAUUCGAUAAUCUUCUCAUUCGAGCUGAAAAUCGUCAAGAAGCUUCAAGAUCAAAAAAGAAACGAGCUUACAUUGAAAGACAACGAGAACAAGGGCACUUACAGUUAUGGAACGACUAUUUUAGUGAAGAUGCAACAUAUCCUUCUCACAUGUUUCGACGCCGUUUUAGAAUGAACAAGUCGUUGUUCAUGCGAAUCACUGAUCGACUCUCCGCUGAAAUCCCAUACUUUCAACAGAGAAGAGAUGCUACUGGAAGGUUAGGUCUCUCUCCGCUACAAAAGGCAACGGCAGCAAUUCGUAUGAUGGCAUAUGGUUGCCCAGCUGAUGCGGUCGACGAAUACCUCCGACUUGGUGAGACUACUGCGCUUUUAUGCUUAGAACAUUUUGUUCAAGGAAUCAUAGAUUUAUUUGGAGCUGAGUAUCUAAGAACCCCCACUCCAGAAGAUCUUCAACGACUACUCGAUAUUGGAGAGAUACGCGGAUUUCCCGGGAUGAUAGGAAGCAUUGAUUGUAUGCACUGGGAGUGGAAGAAUUGCCCGACCGCAUGGAAAGGACAAUAUACACGGGGGUCCGGAAAGCCAACAAUUGUUCUUGAGGCUGUAGCUUCACAAGACCUCUGGAUAUGGCACGCGUUUUUCGGCCCUCCAGGUACAUUAAACGAUAUCAAUGUUCUUGAACGAUCACCAGUUUUUGAUGAUAUAUUACAAGGUCGAGCUCCGAAAGUUAACUACACUGUCAACGGACACGAGUACCGUUUGGCUUACUAUCUCACAGAUGGUAUUUAUCCAAAAUGGGCUACGUUUGUCCAAUCUAUUCCACUUCCGCAAGGUCCAAAAGCAUCUUUAUUCGCUACAUAUCAAGAAGCUGUACGUAAAGAUGUCGAGCGAGCUUUUGGGGUCUUGCAAGCUCGGUUUGCUAUAGUCAAAAAUCCAGCUCUUUUAUGGGAUAAAAUAAAAAUUGGAAAGAUAAUGAGAGCUUGUAUCAUUCUACAUAAUAUGAUCGUCGAAGACGAACGAGAUGGGUACACCCAGUUUGAUCUUUCGAUUUUCGAAACAUCGGAUUCAAACCGAAGUUCAGAAGUGGAUCUCUCGUUUUCUACAGAUAUGCCUUCAAAUCUCGGCAAUAUGAUGAGUAUUCGGAAUCAAGUUCGUGAUCGAACAAUACAUCAACGAUUGAAAGCGGAUUUGGUUGAGCAUAUAUGGCAAAAAUUUGGAACAAAUUAAGAUUUCAACUAAUCUGUUUUUUCUCGUCUACUGUUUAUAUUUGUAUGUUUAAUAUGCUCUUAUGUCAUUUUUAAUAAAAAUGUUAUGUAUCAAUUUCUUUCAUAUCAUUCAACUUAAAAAAAAAAAAAAAAAAACUUAAGUACCCCAAUGUGGUCCUGCCAAUGGAAGAUGGAAAAAUAAAUUAGAUUAAUAGAGGUACUUAACCUUUCAAAUCACUACAUUAUAUAUUAAUUUAAUUUUAAGUACCCAUUAGGGGUCCUAAUGGAUGGAGGUGGUCUUAAACCCCACUUUUUCCUAUCUGGAAUAUUUUACUACGUCUCAAGUUUGCAAGAUCAAAGCAAUGAAGCUAAAUCACACUAACUAAAUCAAAAAUGAAAAUAUUUGUCUUUUGUCAUUAUUGGUGAAUCAGAUUUAUACCAUCUAACUGAUCAUGUAAUGUAACCGUUGAAUAAUCCAAUCAUCAAAAACUUGUUGCUUAUUAAGAAAAAUUUAGUAGUACACAUUUUGUUUAUGUGUACUUGAGUACUUUGGAAGAUGUACGUAUGUGGGUAGCUAUCAUGUUAAACUAUUUUGAUUAUAUAAUAAUAAUAUUAAGCUGCAAGAGAAUAUGUACGAAUAUAUAAUGUCAAAAAUAAAUACUAUGACAAAGUAACAGAGGAGAUUCCCAAGGCUUCUUCUUGUGCUCAGAAUAUUAGUUUUUUCUGAACACGAGGAAGGAGAGAGCAAGAAGAGAUGUUGACCGGUCGCAUAGUCAAUACAAAAAUUAGUGGGCCCACUAACACCUCUUUACGGGGCCCAUUAUGGCUUUCCUUUCUCCAAUCCCCAAAACAUGCAAUUUUCCUCCAGACCAAUUAAAUAUUUUCCUCAAACCAGGAAAAAUAAAAGUUAAUAGUAAUACCGAGUCAAUUUGAUCACAUAAAGUGAUAAAACCAAAAAAUCCCUAUUGCAAACAAAUUAUGUUUGAAAGUAUUCUGAAAUUUUAUUUAAAGCUUUUAUACAUUAUAAAGAUAAAUUAAAAAAAAUCAUUAAUAAAAGUAAUUUAGAUGAAGGAGGUGUUAUUGGUUUAUAUAUUUUUAUUGAUUUAGAAAUCCAUAUAGUAUUUAUAAAUCCAAGUAAAAUAUACAAAUUUUCAAAUUUUUUCAGAUUAGUAUUUACAAAUCCGGAGGUUUUCCUUCGGAUUUGGGCAUUUGUAUUUUUCACAAAGAAAUCCAUUCAAAUCCAUUCAAAUACAUUAUGAAAUCAAAUCUAUUAGUAAAU